AGCCAUGGAGCACAUCCGCACGCCCAAGGUCGAAAAUGUUCGCUUGGUAGAUCGAGUAUCUUCUAAAAAAGCAGCCCUAGGUACUUUGUAUUUGACGGCUACUCAUGUCAUAUUCGUGGAAAAUGCACUGGACUCAAGAAAAGAAACAUGGAUUCUUCAUAGUCAGAUUUCUACCAUUGAAAAACAGCCAACCACCGCUACCGGCUGCCCCCUGCUUAUUCGCUGCAAGAACUUUCAGCUGUUACAGCUCAUCGUACCGCAGGAAAGAGACUGCCACGAUGUGUACAUCUCUCUGAUACGCCUCGCAAGGCCAGUGAAAUACGAGGAGUUGUACUGCUUUUCAUUCAACCCCAAGCUGGAUAAAGAAGAGCGAGAACAAGGCUGGAUGCUGAUAGAGCUCGGUGAGGAAUACCGGCGAAUGGGCCUCCCGAACACGCACUGGCAGCUCAGCGAUGUGAACAGAGACUAUAGGGUCUGUGAUUCUUACCCGACUGAGCUGUACGUUCCCAAGUCUGCCACAGCACACAUCAUAGUGGGGAGUUCCAAGUUCCGGAGCAGACGGCGAUUUCCUGCCCUUUCUUACUACUACAAAGAUAACCACGCCUCCAUCUGCAGGAGCAGCCAGCCCCUGUCCGGCUUCAGCGCCCGGUGCCUGGAGGACGAGCAGAUGCUCCAGGCCAUCCGGAAAGCCAAUUCGGGAAGCGACUUCAUUUACGUUGUUGACACUCGGCCUAAACUUAAUGCGAUGGCAAACCGUGCCGCAGGGAAAGGCUAUGAGAACGAAGACAAUUACUCCAACAUCAAGUUCCAGUUCAUCGGGAUAGAGAACAUCCAUGUCAUGAGGAGCAGUCUGCAGAAAAUGCUGGAAGUGUGUGAACUUAAAUCUCCCUCCAUGAGUGACUUUCUGUGGGGACUGGAGAAUUCCGGCUGGCUAAGGCACAUUAAGGCCAUCAUGGAUGCAGGAAUCUUCAUUGCAAAGGCGGUUUCAGAGGAAGGGGCAAGUGUGCUUGUUCACUGCUCUGACGGCUGGGACAGGACCGCUCAGGUGUGCUCGGUGGCCAGCCUGCUGCUAGAUCCACACUACCGGACCCUGAAGGGCUUCAUGGUAUUAAUUGAAAAGGACUGGAUUUCCUUUGGCCAUAAGUUUAAUCACAGGUAUGGCAAUCUAGAUGGUGAUCCAAAAGAAAUCUCUCCAGUUAUUGACCAGUUCAUUGAGUGCAUCUGGCAGCUGAUGGAACAAUUCCCCUGUGCCUUUGAGUUCAACGAGAGGUUUUUGAUUCACAUUCAACAUCACAUUUAUUCCUGCCAGUUUGGAAACUUCCUGUGUAACAGCCAGAAGGAGAGACAAGAACUCAAAAUUCAAGAAAGAACAUACUCUUUGUGGGCUUACCUGUGGAAGAAUCGGGCCGACUAUGUGAAUCCUCUGUUUAGAGCUGAUCACAGCCAGACCCAGGGACCCCUUCAUCUCCCCACAGCGCCAUGCAACUUUAUGUACAAGUUUUGGAGCGGAAUGUAUAACCGCUUUGACAAGGGACUGCAGCCUCGGCAGUCGGUCACAGAUCACCUGACAGCAGUGAAAGAAGAGACCCAACAGCUGGAGCAGGAGCUAGAGGCCCUAGAGGAAUGGCCAAAACCUCCGGAGCAACGUCAGACCACGGUGACACUGGUACAUCACUUCUUACCUGAACGCUGAUGGGAUCCUGGAAAUGUUUAGUAAUUAAGUGUGAUGGCUGCUAGUGAUUCUAAUAUUCUUUAUCAAAUUAAGGAAUUAUUUUCUAUUCUUAGUUUACAAGUUUGUAUAAGAAAACAUGUGACUGUUAUAAAAAAUUUCACCAUUAUCUACUAAGCUCUAACAUGCAUCUCAGAGGACAGCUGACCCUGAACAAUGCAGGUGUAAGGGUGCCAAUCCCCUGCACAGUUGGAAAUAUGCAUGACUUUUGACCCCCCCUAAAACUUUACUGUUGACCAGAAGCCUUACUAAUAGUCAAUCAGCACACAUUUUGUAUAUGUAAGGUAUUCUUACAAUAAAGUAAGCUAAAUAAGAAAAUGUUUUACCAAACUGUCCAAAUCUCAAAAUAUUUUCUAAUUAUAGUCACUGAGAGAAAUCUGCAUGUAAGUGGACUUACAUAGUUCAAACCCAUUUUGUUCAAGUAUCGACUGUAUUUCAGCUGAUUCUCUCAGACUUUCUAGUUAAGAGUGAGGGAAGACUGCUUAUGUUUGACUCCUGACCCUAAUACUUUCUAUAUAUAUGAUCUCAGGGAACUUAUUGUUUGCUCAUUGAUAAAAUAGGAAAAUAGUAACAAUAUUACCUCAUAGGAUUUGGGGGGAAUAAUGGGCAGUAUAUGUAAACAGCUUAGUUUAGUACAAGAUACAGACUAAUCAUUGUUAGCUAUUAUUCUUAUUUCUCUUUAUUCUAAAAGAUGAUCACAUUAUCUGAAAUACAUUAUAAAUUUAUAUUCUCCUUUAUCAUCAUUUUUUUGCUGCUGUUUUAUUUCUAUUUCAUGUUUUAUUACACUGGCUUUACCUUCCAGAAUUUCUGAUUUUAAAGGAAAUAGAAUGUAAUUAUGAUGUUGGCCUCUGAUACAAGAUAAAAAGAUUGUAGCCCCUAUUCUUUUUAUUUUUAAAGAUUUAUUUUAUUAGAAAUAUGGGUUACUUUUAUAAAAUGCUUUUAAUUUUUCACAUAACCGGAUUUCUAUGAUUAAAUCUAUUAUUUGUGGCAAAUUAUAAUUUAUACUUUUUAUGCUUUUAGAUUUGCUUAUUUUUUCAUUUAACACAUGUGUACAUAAGCUUACAAGUGAAUCUAAAGUUACAGUUUAUUGUUAGGUUUUAUUACAAGAGUUAAAACGGCCUUAUAAUAAUUUUCCCAGGUAAGUGAUUUAUGGGGCUUUUCAUAUUUUUCUAUUUGGAACGAAUAUGCUCUCUCAUGAGCACAAAUGAUUUAUAAUGCCUCCACAAUUGAA